CCAGGACCGCGGGAGAUGGAGGAGAAGGAGCAGCUGCGGCGGCAGAUCCGUCUCCUGCAGGGUCUCAUAGAUGACUACAAAAACUUACAUGGCAAUGCCCCAGCCUCAUCAACUACCCAGUGGCAUCCGUCCACAUAUAGCAGUGGCAGAGUUUUCAGCCCCCGAUAUUCUCGCCCUGGUCGGAGGGGUUUCCCACCACACCAUGGGCCCUCAUGGCGGAAAAAAUACUCCCUUGUGAAUCGACCUUCAGGAUCCAUGGAUCAGCCUGGUGAUAAUGGAAGUACCAGCAUAGCUCAGCCUUCUCUCAGUUCAGAGGACAGUCAGGACCCAUCUUCUCAGCAUUAUGUCCUUGAGAGGCAGGUGCAGCUCAAUUCAGAUCAGAACAUGGUAAUCAAAAUUAAACCACCACCAAAAUCUGACUCAAUUGUUGACUCUGAUACCUAUCGGGCAUCAGUCGAUGAUAAUGAAGGGAGUCACAGGAUUGACCAAAGGCCUAAGGAAGGUGAGGGAGAUCCCCCAGGGGGUAAGUUACAAGGCUCUCGGCCAACAAAACUUGAGGGUAGUAGCAGUAAGGAGGAUCCUCUUUUGGUCUGUCUCAAAGAACCUGGCAAGCCCCGGGUUGUGAGGUCUAUGGGCAUUACUCCUGGGGGCUCUCAUGAACCCCGAAGGACUGUUAGUGAAAGUGCCAUUGUAUUAAAGUCCAAACCUACUUCUUUCCAGUCUCCUCGUUCAGGCCUUGGAAGGAAACUGGGAUGCUCUCUUCCAUCCAGUUUAGGCUUACAACACUCUGUGUCAGACAGAGACUCUCUCCUUAGUCACACAAGCAGCCCUACUCAGGCAGAAGUAUCUGUUACUAUAAGGAAGCAGGGUCACUCACCUAAACAAGUCAGAGAGAACUGUUUGCUGGUGCCUUGCAGGACUAAUAAAUUUCGGAAAAACAACUAUAGAUGGGUUAAUAGCUCAGUGAAGAACCCAAGGGCCAUUAGAAGAUAUUCUAGCCCAAGGACAGCUCCUGAGACCUCUCGAAAGGUAUCCUUUGGAACUUAUGAAAGAGCUGGGAAAUCACAACUCAGAGCUGACCUAGAUACCAAGUCAAAGAAGGCAUCAAUGACAUCCAAACCUGGAACCUCAACCAGCAAGUACAAAUGGAAAGCCUCUAGCCCGGCAUCUUCAUCUUCAUCCUCUUUCCUUUGGCAUUCUGAUCCUGCGGGCAGAGAUAGGCCCUCCCAUCCCUCUGCAGGAGAUUCAAGAACUCCUAUUCUGAAUAGAGCAGGAGUGGGAGCCAGUGGAUUAAAAACUCCCUAUGGUGAAGCACCCCUCUCGCCUUACAAAGUAAAGAGCCGAACCAAGAUCAUUCGGAGGAGGGGGGGUACAAGCCUUCCUGUUGAUAAGAAGAGCAGUCCUUCAUCAUCUGGUACACCAAAGAACCAUUAUAGCCUCCGGAGGAGAAAUAGCCUUCGGGGGAAAGUCACUCCUGUUCUGAAGAGGACUCCAAACAAAGGGCUUGUGCAGAUUACCAAGCACCGGCUGUGUAGGCUGCAGCCAUCCCGGAGUACUGUACCUGCUAAGGAAGCACCAGCCUUACAUGCCUUACGGACUUCUCCAUCCAACAAAGUGAUUAAGACCCGUUACAGGAUAGUGAAGAAGAAUUUUCCAUCUUCAUUCAGUCUUCCAGCUUUCAACAUUCCUAGUUCCACGUGGAAAGCCAGACGACUUACAGCAUCCAGGACACUCAUACUGAAUAGAAUGCGACACUCAGCCCUGAGUGGGAAAUCUCAGACAAGUCCGCCAACAUGGAAGAGCAAGGGCUACCGGUGUAUCGGAGGUGUCAUGUACAGGGUGUCUGCAAACAAGCUUUCCAAGACCUCAGGCCGGCCUCAGGAUGGGAACAGCAAACAUCUUCUAAGAGGAGGUGACCUGGGCAAUUAUUGAAAACUGGAUCAUAUUGGAAGUUCAAGUCGCUCAAUUGCCAGCCGAGCCAUCCAACGAAGUCUGGCUAUCAUUCGCCAGGCCCGGCAGAAGAAGGAGAAGAAGCGGGACUACUGCAUGUACUACAAUCGCUUUGGAAAGUGCAACCGGGGCCAGCAUUGCCCCUACAUUCAUGACCCUGAAAAGGUGGCUGUGUGUACCAGGUUUUUACGGGGCACAUGCAAGAAAACCGAUGGGACCUGCCCAUUUUCCCACCAUGUCUCCAAAGAGAAGAUGCCUGUGUGUUCAUACUUCCUAAAAGGGAUCUGCAAUAAUAGCAACUGCCCAUACAGCCACGUGUAUGUGUCAAAGAAGGCAGAGGUCUGCGUGGACUUCCUCAAAGGCUACUGCCCCAUGGGAGAAAAGUGCAAGAAAAAGCACAUGCUCCUGUGCCCAGACUUCUCCCGGAAGGGGAGCUGCCCCAGAGGCCUACAGUGCCAGUUGCUCCACCGGCCCAGAAAGCGCCUCAACAGACGGUCUGUUCCACCCCAUCCUCCUGAGACCAGUGACUCACCCACCAAGUGGAAGAGAGUGCGGAGUGCUGCCCCCAGGAAGUACAUGUCUCCAAAAUCCCAGACCAGGAAUAUCUCCAGCUCCUCCUCCUCAUCUUUCCUGUCAUCAUCAUCAGCAUCUUCCUCAGCAUCUUCAGAUGCAGAGGAUUCACAUCUAGGGAAUACGGAGGCAUCAGGUUCCAGGAACCUCUCCAAGCUGCCCUCCUACAUCUCUUUGCAGUCUUCAUCUAGCCCUCGGGGCCACUCGGCUUCCCGAGCACGUAGGAAGAGCCCAGCCAAAGAGGAGACGGGGAAGCCACUGCAAAUCAAGCCUCGACUCUGAGUUGCCCAGGGCCCGGCCCACAAGACGACGGCAUCGCCCCUCAGGAAGC